AGCUUGACGUAUGGAGCUCGCUUGCCAGUUGGUCCAGGGGCUCGUGAGUGUAGCUCUCUCCGCCGUCCUGCCGCAUAUAAAGGCGGUCAACGGUCGGAGACCUCCGCGUUAAGGCAACUCCAGAGGAGAACGUCGGGUUAUUUUAUUCCCGCAGACGUUUCAGUUCCCGCUUCCUUCUCACCACCCGCAUCCGCGUCCCGUCUCAGACUGGGGAGAAAAGAGGGGGGUCCAUCUCGGAGUGACCAGCAUGGACCCCCAAGCGAAGAGCCGCACUGGUCCGGCGGCGAUGGCGGCGGGAGGCAGCUUCGGCGGUCGCCCGGCCUCUCUCGGAGCCGACGGGGGUGACUCAGAGUCCGGAGCGGGCUCCGAGGAGGCUGCCAUGGGCUGCAGCGACACAUUCAGCAGUCUGCCGGACAUGGAGCAGGAGUCUCUGGAGGAGAAAUUACGCGGACUGGCGUUCAGAAAGCAGACCUCGUAUCGGAAAGCCAUCUCCAGAUCAGGCCUCCAUUACCUCGGCCCGCCUCACCCUUCGCUCCCUCCGGCGUCCAACGGACCAAACAAGGAUCUGCGAAGCUGCGUGGACUGGACGGAAAACGCAGGGAACGGAGAUCACUUAUGGACGGAGACGAGUUGUUCGGGAGAGCUGUGCUACCUCGGGGAGGACGCGUGUCUCCUGAAGACUGCGAAGUCGGCCCCCAGGAGGAAAUGCGCCGCCUGUAAGAUUGUAGUCCACACCGGCUGCAUAGAGCAGCUAGAAAAGAUUAACUUCAGAUGCAAGCCGACCUUCAGGGAGGGAGGGUCCCGAUGCCUCAGAGACAACGUACUGAGACACCACUGGGUCCACAGGCGGAGGCAGGAGGGGAAAUGUAAACAGUGUGGGAAGAGUUUUCAGCAGAAGUUCUUCCACAGUAAAGAAAUAAUCGCCAUCAGUUGUUCUUGGUGUAAACAGGCGUUUCACAACAAGGUGACGUGCUUCAUGCUGCACCAGAUCGAGGAGCCGUGUUCGCUGGGGGCCCACGCCGGAGUCAUCGUCCCUCCCUCCUGGAUCAUCAAAGUCAGGAAACCACAGAGCUCGCUGAAGAACUCGGCCAGGAGGAAAAAACGGACGUCUUUCAAACGAAGGGCGAGCAAGAAAGGACUGGAAGACUCUAAAUGGCGUCCGUUCAUUUUGAAACCACUUCCUUCUCCCCUCAUGAAACCCGUCUUGGUUUUUGUCAAUCCCAAGAGCGGAGGCAACCAGGGUGCCAAGCUGCUGCACAUGUUCAUGUGGAUCUUAAACCCCAGACAAGUGUUCGACUUGUCACAGGGUGGACUAAGAGAAGCGUUGGAAUUGUAUCGCAAAGUGCCAAACCUGCGGAUCCUGGCCUGCGGUGGAGACGGCACAGUGGGGUGGAUCCUCUCCGCUCUCGAUGAGCUGCAGAUGAAUCCCCAGCCUCCGGUCGCUGUACUUCCUCUGGGAACAGGAAAUGACCUCGCCAGGACGCUCAACUGGGGCGGGGGUUACACGGACGAGCCCGUGUCGAAGGUUUUGUGUCACGUUGAGGACGGUUCGGUGGUGCAGCUCGACAGGUGGAACCUGCUGGUGGAGAAAACUGCGGUCCAGCCAGAAGAAGGCACUCAGAAGCUUCCUCUGAAUGUUUUCAACAACUACUUCAGCCUCGGCUUCGAUGCUCACGUCACGCUGGAGUUCCACGAGUCCAGAGAGGCCAACCCGGAGAAAUUCAACAGCCGCUUCCGCAACAAGAUGUUCUACGCUGGCGCUGCGUUCUCAGAUUUCCUCCAGAGAAGCUCCAGGGACUUGUCGAAGCACGUCAGAGUGGUGUGCGAUGGAACGGAUCUAACGCCCAAAAUCCAGGAGCUCAAGUUUCAGUGCAUCGUGUUUUUAAACAUUCCCAGGUACUGUGCUGGCACCAUGCCGUGGGGAAACACCGGAGACCACCGAGACUUUGAGCCGCAGCGCCACGACGACGGCUGCAUCGAGGUCAUCGGCUUUACCAUGGCCUCUCUGGCGGCGCUACAGGUCGGCGGUCACGGUGAGAGGCUUCACCAGUGCAGAGAAGUCGUUCUCACCACUUACAAGACUGUACCUGUUCAGGUGGACGGCGAGCCGUGCCGACUGGCUCCUUCCACUCUGCGCAUCUCUCUGCGAAAUCAGGCCAACAUGGUCCAGAAGAGCAAGAGACGCACGUCGGUGCCGCUGCUGAACGAUAUUCAGAAGGUGUGUGCAGCUGAUCUGCGCCGCCUCUCUGCUCCCCCCGACUCCUUCUCUGUCCCUCAUGCGGUUCCCGACCGUCUGCGGCUGCGGGUGAACCGGAUCAGCCUGCAGGAGUACGACAGGCUGCAGUACGACAAGGAGCGACUGCGAGACAUCUCAAUCCCAGUAGGCAUUGUGGUUGUCAGGGGCGACUGCGACCUGGAGACCUGCAGACUUUACAUCGACAGAUUACAAGAGGAUUUACACCAGGCGCCAUCUACUGGCCACAGAGUGCACUACCAGGAUGAAAUCAGAGGCGUUCCCAUAACCAGUUCAACCAGCAGAUUGUCUCCUAACUGGAGCUUCCUGGACUCGACAUCAGCUGAUCGUUUCUAUCGCAUCGACAAAGCUCAGGAGCAUCUUCACUUCGUGACAGAAAUAUGUCAGGACGAGGUUUUCAUCCUGGACCAUGAGGGACCGGUGGGGAGCCAGGCGUCGUCGGCUGGGAUGCCAGAUCUGGUGGUUGAACCUGCUGCAGGUGCUCCUCUGACACCCGAUGAACAAGCUCUUCUAACCGCUGCCAGUGCUGGAGAUCUUCUACUGCUGACGGAUAGCGUACGUCGAGGAGUCAGCUUGUUGGUGAGAGACUCCGGCGGUUGUUCUGCGUUACAUAUAGCUGCCCAGAACGGACACACAGAUCUGGUCAGCUUCGUCCUGCAGCAAGGUUCGAAGGUUCUCCUGGAUUUAACCGACAGAGACAAGGGGGAGACCGCCUUGCACAAAGCCGCCUCAGAGAAGCAGCAUGCAGUGUGUCGGAUGUUGGUGGAGGCCGGCGCUUCGCUGGAGAAGACAAACUUCCAGGGCAAGACGGCGGCCGACCAAGCAGCAGGAGACUCUGAGCUGACUGUCUUCCUGAGCUCCCAGCAGCAGACGUCAUCCGGCACCAACGAAGACCUGGAGACCGCCGUCUGAGGUGCUGGCGCUCCGUCGCUCUCUCCCGCCGGACUCUGGACUCUGCACCGGUCCGGAGCAGAGAGGAACCGGGAGGGAAGUGUCACACCUGUCCUGGAUUUCACUCCGCAGGUGCCGAGGCGAACCAGGAAAUGAACUGCCUCCGAACGCGGCAGCAUUGCAGCAGAGAUUUUAACGCUCGACUAUUUAUUUCUAUUUAUUUAUUCUAUUUAUUGGUUGUGCUGGUUGAUCGACUUUUAACAAUUGCAAGUGCAAUUCGUCUUGUAAUGGAGUUGUUUUGGUCAUAUUUUUGCAACUAUAUUAAGUCUGGAAAAUGAUCAGGAUUGCGAUCAAAGCAGAUUAUUUAGCCCAUAAACCUGUGUGCCAAAGACAUUACACUGUUGUGGUGUCAUAUCUAACCCAAAUAACCACCGUCUCAUGAAUCCAGGUUGGAUUUGCAGGGCGUGAACUCAAACCUGUCUGUCACAUGCUGCUGAUGUUUUCACCUGAUGAGUCACAGCUCAUUAUGACACAGAAACCAAACUGCAGCGCUCUAUUUCUCCUAAACAAAGAUUUUCUUGGAAACAGUGUUACCAGAGAAUAAAAAAAAAAAAAGUUCUAAACAAGGGCGUCCUGUAGGAUUUAACCUUCUCCUGUGAAUACGAGUCAAAACGGCCAUCUUGGAAACUUCCAGAUGGAACCACAGAGUUUGUUUUUGAAUGGAAAGUGGAGGCCACAUGUUUGAUGUGAAACAAUUACCACAAAUCUUCUCUGAAGCAAAACGACAAACUAAAAAAAACAACUGAAUGUAGCUCAUCUGUACCAGAACCCAGGUUUCAUUUUGUGUUGGUCGUCCUGUUUGUGCCGUCCGUCCGGUCUGGAGUCAAACCAACAUCAACACGACUGAACUUGUCAAUUGUUACCAACACGUUGACCUUUGACCCAGUUGUGUACAUGGAGGCAUUAAUAAGCUGAGCUCCUCUGUGACGUAAACAGAAAUCAUCCACAUGUACAGACACCUUUGGUAAAAACCUUCAGAAAAAUUCACCUUUUAUUGCAGCAGCUUCAUUUUGCACUGGAAAAAAUCUGAAAUUCACAAAUGUAUUCAUUUUUCAAUAGGACUGCAGGUAUAAAAAAGCUGAUUUUUAUCCAUUUUAGUGCUUAUCUGGCAAUAAGUGUGGAUCAUUAUGCUACUAAGACACCCAGUAAUAAACCAUUUUCAGUUUUCCGGCAGACUCUUAUUUAAAAAUGACCUCAUCUUUCAGUAAUUUGUGUUUCUUGGGGCUUUCAGGAGAGAAACACGCUCUCUUUUUUUAUUAACUGUACACAUUAGGUGGUUUUUCCACAUACUGAACGUUUAUUUUAUAUUUCAAGUGAAAUCCUGACUCACAUGGCAAAUGCCAUGUGAGUCUUUUUUGUGAUUAUGGUUUCCAAACCAGUGGAAAUCAAGAUAAGAAAUGCUUUGUUUGCUGAGGUCGGGCUGCUCUGAGCUCCUCACUCAUGAUUGGCUGUAGAUUUGGACCAAGUUAAAAGCAUAAUUGUGUUUUUACAGACUUGCAAAGAGCCACAAACGUCUGAAUCACCUGAAUGGCACGUUCUCCUUUCCUCCUCUGAUUUAUUAAACCGUAGAGAAGCUGCAAGUCAGGGAUGAAUAAAUACCAGCUUUUAUGUAUCCUAAAUGUAUAUUACUACUACUACUACUGCUGCUGCAAUAAAAGAUAAACGCUCUUAAAGGUUAUUUUUAAACAUCUGUACCACGGCUGUCUGUAGGUGUUGAUAACAGCUUCAACUUUUGGACCAAUAAUGCAAAAUUAAUCCCUUUUUUUUUUUUUUUUGCCUGAAAUGUAAAUAUUCUAAAAUGUUGCUUGUUUUUUAGCACCUUUUUAAAAAACUGAAGUAUAUUGGCUGUUUUGUUUCAACAAAACAUUCCUUGGGGUCAAAUUAGCUAUUUUCUUAGCAAAUCGUCUUUGAUUUAUUCACCUGUCAGGGUGGAAAGGUGAGGAUAUGGCAGGUUGUUUUAACAUAAAAUCAGUUUCAACGCUCAUAUUUAAAAUGUCUGAUGUUGGUUUAUGACUAGAUGUAUUAGUAAAUAAAUCCUGACUGGUAUUAAUGAUGUUAUUGAUUUGGAAGGAAGCUUUAAAUCAAGAUAAAUACAAUUAAUUACAAUAAUUAUAACAAAUUUCAGAUAUGAACAAUUAUGACAAGUCAUAAAAUAAUUUAAGAUGUCUCACUUUUUGUUCUGACUAGUCAUAAUUCUAAUUAAAGAUAUAUUUAAUAACAAAUACUUAAAAUAUCAUAAAUAUAUUUUUAGGCAAACCUAAAUUAGAGACAUCUGGAAAUGUAAUUUAAUUUUAAUACAUCUCUAAAUGAAUUAUAGAUAUCUUUAAUUAGGCAGCUUUUUCAUUUUAAAUAUCUUGAAUUAAUUUUCUGACCAGUCAAAGCGACACAUAUUUACGUUUUAUUUUGAAAUUUCAAUAAAACUGAACAUUUUUUCAAAAAGAAAAAAAAUAUUUUAAAAUGCAGCAGCUGAGCUUUUUCUCAUGGUGGCAUUUUGAGGCCGUUGCAGAAAUAAAUGAGCAAAUUUCCACUAAAAAAUACUCAAUGUCCCAAAAAAACAAGGACAUUUAUGAGCUCCAAAAGUUGAAAAAUACCUAGAAAAAAAGUCAAACGUUUAGAUUAAUCUCAGAAAGUUUCAAGAGUAAUGUUCACACAUUUUAUACUUUUGAAUAUCGGAUGUUUCCAAGAUUAUUGCAAAAAAAAAAAAAUCUGAAAUUAAUUUCAAAACUUUUGAGUUUUUCUGGCAAAUUUUCAACUUUUCAAGCUCAGAAAUCUUCGUAUUUUUUCUUUUAAAAAAUUUCAAGAUUAAUCCAGAAACUUACGCUUCAGUUUUACAGUGUAGCACAAAGAACCAUUCUUAAUUCUGAUAUUUACACAUUUUAUUUGUAAUUAUGUUCGAGAUGCGGCAUCUUGAAUUGUAAUUACAAAUAAAUGACAAAUCCAGUGAUGCAAUUUGAGGUAUUUUGAAAGGAACUGAAAAAUAUAAUUGAAUAUAUCUUGAAGUAUUAUUAUCAGAAUGUGAAUGCUGAUAUCUUAAAUUACCAUUCAGUUUAGUCAAAAUGCAUUUUUAGAUAUCUGGAUUGUAAUUAUGGAUAUCCAGACGAAACUGAUUGUAUGCUAAAACUGCCUGCCAUACCUUCAGACACCUGGAGGAACUCACCUGAGCAGCUGAUGUAUUUCUGUUGAUCGGCGUUAAAAACAAGGAAAUAUGAGUCUGGAAUCACCCGGCAGCUUUAUUACUCACCUGUGCUUUGAAUCAAACAGACACCUGUUGUCGUUUUUUUAAUGGCUCCUCCUGAAUCAUAAGGCGUUUCCAUGGAAACGUGUAGCGGGAAGAUGUGACUCACAACAUAUCCGACAAAAAAAAAAAAAAAAAAAAAGCUUGUACAGAUUCAUUUAUCCUUCAACACAAGCAAAGUGUGUGCAGUAUUCGUCCAACAGAAAAGGAAACCAUCUGAGCCAUAUAUUCAGUAGAAUAUAAAGAUGUUUUUAAUUUUCUUUCUUUUUUUACAUUUCUCUGUUUGUUGUUUACAUUACAUUAAUGUUUAACACAGUCGAGCAUUUAGCACCGAGGAGUAUUGAAUGUGCAAUGUUGAGUUGGGAGUUUCAUUUCUUUUGUAUGUUGGAGAAAUUAAAUCACUUUACAAGGUU